CACUCUUUACACAUUGUGACCAUCUAAUUUUAACAAGGAGAAGUACACGGAGUCAUGGGUGUUCACAUAACAGACAAUAGCCCUCCUUUUCCCAAUCCUGGUGUCGUGCCGAGGGUUGCCGAUCUCCAUACCGUCAAGUUCGCGCCUCUUCUUGAUCGUAACGAGACGGAGUUGGCCAAACUUGUCGAGGCUUGUGAAAAGGAUGGGUUUUUCUACCUCGAUCUAUGUGAUAAGGGAGCUGAGCGGUUGUUUCAAAAUCUGGAGGAGGUUUCGGAUCUGGUCAAGAAAUGGAUGGCACAGCCUCGAGACCAGAAAUGCCGAACUGUCACAACUUCCUUGUCCCACGGGUACAAGCCGACAGGUGUCCAAUCCGGAGCAGUUGAGUCCCGAAAGGACGGGUUCGAAGUCCUCAAAGUCGGCCGCCAAGAGCUGCUCGGCCGCUGGGCUUUGCAGGAUGUUGUGCUUGAAAACCUGAAGCUCUUUGAUGACUUCAUGGCCAUGUCGCACUUCAUCCUCAAAACCCUGCUAGAGCACCUGUCCGAUGUUCUGGGGUUCAACGAACCAGAGACACGUCUAGAAAGAUGGCACCAAGACCAUAUAGCCUCGAAGUCGACCUUGUAUUUCCUCAACUAUCCCGAAGAGGUCAAGAUCAAGGAGAACGGGUCAGGGCAGAACAUGCACACCGACAUCGGCACGUUAACCCUGCUGUUCGCCCCACAAUGGGGUCUCCAAGUCCCAGGAGAAACUACCAAGGAGUGGCUGUGGGUUAAACCGAAGCCGGGACACGCUAUAAUUAACGUCGCGGAUACCCUUCGGUUUCUCUCGUGUGGACGUUUCCGUUCCGCCUUGCAUCGCGUAUUGCCUAUCGAUGGACAGGUUGGGGAUCGGUUUUCCAUAUCAUACUUCUUGCGCGCAAACAAUAACACAGAAUUUAUGGCCAGCGAUGGAUCGAAUUCGAGUGCGAGAGAUUGGUAUUUCAAAAAGUAUGCUACAUAUGAGAAACCGCAUGAUGAGCAGAAAAGGGAGCCAGUCCUCACUGGUGGGAUGAGGGAGCUAAUCGGUGUAUAACCUCUGGAGAAGCAGUCCACAGGUGGAGGCGAGGGUAGUUUGUUGUGGAAGAGAAGACUUGAAGAUGAACACUGCGGGACGGAUCUCCAUUUUCGUGCCACACGUGAAAGUAGUUCAGUAGGAAGCUGUUAUCGCUGGGGUGGUAUAUCUCAUAUUUUUUUAUACAAGAUUUCAACUAGAAAGUCGAUCAAACAGGUGCAAUGAAGCAAGCUAUUUAUAUCUACUGGCCCUGGACAGUUGGCAACAUUACGUUGCCGAAUGGUUGUGAACGGCUAGAGAUACCCCAUAUACUAGGGCAAAAUAGUUAGUAUACAUACAUGCCUUUCUAUCCGAGAACCUUGCAAUAGACCAACUCUAAACCCACAGCCGAACUAGAAUACCUCCCCUGCAGAGAGCUCCCGAUGCCGAAAUACAGAGUCAAACUUGUCUCAGUCAUCUUUUCUAGGUAGAUAACGAUAUUUACCUGUUUGCACUUGACACUGAACUGGAUAUCACUGGAACAUACAACAUUUCUUCAAUCUACGACUGUAACCUUUGUAUCUCAUCUUUUCCCCUCGAUAUUCCGCAUGCCCACACAUAUAUUCUAACCAGCAGACUGAGCCAC